AUGGACUACGAGUCCUCGCCCGCUCCUACCCAUGCACGCGUCGCGUCCGCGUCGAGGUCGAGGACAAGGGGAAAGUCGCCUGCGAGGGCUGUUGCGCGCAAGGAGUUUAUUGCGGGGAUUGGGCUGUUGCUUUGUGUGGUGUUCUUGUGGACGGGGUCGAACUUCGUUACACAAGACUUGUUCGACGGCGGAUACGACAAGCCAUAUCUCGUCACAUAUCUGACGACGAGCUCCUUCUCUGUAUACCUUGUUGUGUUCGGCCUACGAAGAUUGUGGAGGAAACACAGUGGCGCGCGCAAUGGCGUAAGGGAUGGCUCACAGACGGAGUACGAGCCAUUGGUGACUGAAGAUCCGGAGGACCGACCCGCCAGCCCAUACGAGCAGACAGUUCACGCGCCACAUGAACUACACCUCCCGCCCCUCACAACCGCCGAAACCGGCAAACUCGCCAUCGCAUUCUGCGCUCCCUGGUUCCUCGCCAACUGGAGUUUGAAUGUCGGCCUCGUCUAUACCUCUGUAGCGAGUGCCACAAUCCUCAGCAGCAUGUCCGGCUUCUUUACGCUCAUCCUCGGCACUAUCGCCGGCGUCGACCGCGUCUCGCUCGCCAAGCUCGUUGCGGUGGCGAUGUCAUUCACCGGCGUCGUGCUUGUUUCGCUGAGCGAUGGUUCGACACCGGCUACGAGUACGGUCCAAGAUGGUGUGGAGACGGGAGGGCCGAGUAGGAAGUAUAUCCUGGGAGACGCACUCGCGCUGCUCAGCUCGCUGUUGUAUGCGUUGUAUGUGAUCUUACUGAAGGUCCGCAUACGAAGCGAGAGCCGCGUCGAUAUGCAGCUCUUCUUUGGCUUCGUCGGCGCGUUCAAUAUCGUCGCUGUAUGGCCGCUCGGCGUCAUCCUGCAUCUGACGGGCGUUGAGCCGUUCGAGUUGCCGCAGAACUCGCGCGCUGUGGGAGGACUGCUGAUCAAUAUGGCUAUUACACUCUCCUCCGACUUCAUCUACGUGCUCGCUAUGCUCAAGACUUCGCCUUUGGUCGUGACCAUCGGGCUAAGCUUGACAAUGCCACUCGCUGUGAUUGGCGACAUGCUCCUAGGCCGCGCUGCACGCGCUCAGGUCGUACUGGGAGCUGCACUGGUACUAGCCGCGUUUGGAGUCAUCGGUGUUGCGGAAGACAAGGAGAAGGAACGCGAGGCUGUCGUCGUGGUGCAGGACGUUGACUCGGACUUUGAGCCCAGUAGACUGAGUGCCGAGAUACGUAGGAGUGGGUCGGUAACGCCGCAGGUCAGGGUAGAUGUGGUUGAGGAGACGUUUACGAGGUAA